AUGCAGCGCGCGGCGAGAUACUGUCGACUGUCAAAAAAAGGCGGGAAUACAACAAACAGCACGCGGCCGGCGGCACACAGUACUCAGGCCAACACUCGCGAACAUACAGAGUCUGGAUGCGCUGAACUGUUUGAGAUCAAAGUGGACGCCGGGCCUGAGCUGCGUCCCGUCACUAUUCACACACAGCUUAGUGAGGAUGAUAACCGUCAUUAUAAUCGUUAUGGGACUGAUAACAUGCAGCAUCCCCGACUACGGAGAUGUUAUCUCGUCCGGGUCAUUCACCUCGCUUCUAAUAUUUCGGCGGCCCGUGAGCGAUCCCUGGAACCUUCGAUCCAUAACUCAGUCGAUGACAGGCCGCUGUGUUUGUUCUACUUCACGCACCCGUUCGGCGUCUUAUCCCCGGAGCCCCCCACAGUAACAGUCGCUCCCCCGCACGUGGCCCGCACCUUCGUCGACAUGCAGCCUGCGCCGCCCUACUGGAGCGCCUCCUCCUCUCCGGGAUACGACACCUCCGUCACCUCCACCAGACCCAGCUACGACCUGGGAGACGCCACCGUUCAUAGAAAUCCCAUUAACGUAGUGAGGAACUAUGGUCUUGACUACAGAAGACAAUCCGUUUCUUCUUCAUUCUUUUCGAGCGACAUUUGGUUCAGUUCUAGUGCGAGCUCACGGAUACAAGAGGAGAGGCGCGUCAUACCUUACAACAGGAUACUGCCGCCGUUGACACUUCCCUCUCCGAGAGAUCUAGGAUUAGACUUAGGGAGCUCGGACGACGUUUGGCCGACGAGAAGACUCCACCCUGGAAAGUUUUCUUUGCCCCCGAUAGAAAUGCCGGCGAGUUCAUUGACAUGUGCAGAUGACUUGUUUGGGGAAAAAGUGUCAGUGAGUGAGAGUGAAUCGGUGAAGAGACACAAGCGAGUGUUCGGAGUGAAGAAGAACAAGAGACGAGCGCGGCUGGGGAGCGUGAGGAGGAUGAUCAGCUGCCUCAUGAAGAGGACGGUCGCAGGUUAG